AUCCGUCACCUCGCCUCCUCCGUCUCUCUCUCGUGUGACGUUGCAUCUUUCUUUUUCGUCUCCCGGAGCCUUCUCCGUCCUCUCGGAGUGCUGAGAAGUUCGGCCCAUUGGACGGCAUAGUUGGCUCGCUCGUCUGCUCCGUGCUGGUUUGUUGGCGAGGAUGUUGCAGCCCAGCCAAGAUCAGCGCGCCAUGUAACCAAGUCAGCUUCUUCUUCUGUCAGGGGUCGCCACAGCGAGUCACACGCCUUUGGCACCAAGGGCUGGAUGUUGGGCAUGACUGCACAACAGGCAGCAUCAUGUACAGUGUCAGGUGUGAAGCAGCUUUGCAAAAAAGUUUGAUGGGGAGCUGGUCGGAUGACAGCUGGAACUGUUGUGAUAACUGGAGGAAUACUGGCCACAGUGAUACUUCUGUGUAUCAUAGCUGUGCUCUGUUACUGUAGACUCCAGUACUACUGCUGUAAGAAGAAUGGGUCUGACAGCGGCUCCAACUCUCUGCAGCACUUUGAAUGCAACGCCUGCGGCGUCUCCGGCCUGGAUGGCACCAUGGACACCCCACUGUCACUUUCACCACCAGAUCCGCCCGCGACCUCCAAACCCAGAAAAGCUGCAGCGGGGCGUCGCCGUUACUGCCCCACCUGCUCCCCCUAUGACUCCCCUUUUUUCAUCCGCACCGCCGAUGAGAUGCGAAACGGAGGCGAGCGUAUCACUUACAUGCCCACACACUACGAGAACCAGGCGCUGGCCAUGCCGCUGCCCGCCGUCCGAGGCUCCCUGCUGAGGGAGGCCCCGCGGAGCAGACCACCUGAUUUCUACUCUAACACUCGAGCAAUCAGCACACAAGUGUGACACUGAAGCUGCUGAACAGAAGCAAUUUUUGGACGCUUUAAACUAAAAUUACCUGUUUGACAGAUUAUCUAUGCGACAAGAUGGAAUUUUCAAAUCUAGUUGACCUUUUUGUGUAAUUGUACAUGGGGUGUAUGUUUGUAAAGUACACUAUAUAUUGACUGUUAACUGUAUUUACAGACUGAGGGCUAUAUCCCCUAAAUCCUGGUUUCUAUACAGUAUCUGCCAAAAACAUACUUAUUGAAGAAAGUGUUGACGAGUGAAGUGUGAUGCAGUUAUAUGUGCCCUGUGACUGACUGGCAACCAGUCCAGGGUGUAGCCAUCCUCUCACCCAAAGUCAGCUGGGAUAGGCUCCAGCUUCCCCUCGCCCCUAAUGAGGACAGGCACUAUAGAAAAUGAAUGGAUGGUGUGAUGCAGUUACAGUAUGUCAUGGAAUUUGUUAUCCUGCCUAUUCUGGAUAUUUCUAAUGCAUGCUUAAGUUUGCAGCAGUUUGUGUCCCCACGAUCUGUGUCUAUGCAAGAUCAUUUUGGAAAUGACUGCUGAUUGAGUCUCCAUACAGCAGACAUGACCUUACCGGCAAAUCACCACGAGUGUCGUUGUGGUCAGAAGUUGACAUACACUCACCGUCGGCAUGGCUGUGAUAUUCAUUUGAAGCAUCUAAUGAUUUAUUUGAGCUAUUUUUUUACAGGGUGGAAUGGUUAUACAACAUACAUCUUCGGCAAUUUUUAAAAACAAGAAGUUCAGGCUCCAAUAAAUAGUUUCACUCUCUUUUUUUUUUUUUUAAAUAAGUGGUGCUGAAGGUCUUGUAACAUGUGAAAGUGCCAAGCCCUAGUAACUUAACUUCAGGGAUCAUUGACUGCAGCUGGUAGUUUCUUUUUGCCUGCAUAAAAAGGAUUUGUUUGACGGCACUCAUUGGGUUGAUGAAUACGCAGAACAAUGGGGAAGACCAAGGAAGUCAGAGUUAAGAAGGAGAAUUGUUGAUUUAGAUAAUAUGGGAGAGUCAGUUUGAAGCAAUGCUAGUUGAAACGAUGGUAUGUAAUCACAAGUUCCUAUAUUUGGAUGUGUCGUCACUUUGCAAGGGUCUGGAAGAAGACUCAUCCUGUCAGCGUCAGAUGAAAGGAAGUUUGACAAAAACCCUUCAACCCUGACCAACUGCAACAGAGUAGGUCAAGAAAGCAGGCUGUGGAAUCCGAGCAUUUCGGCCAAGAGGAGACGAAUGCAGAUUUGACCCGUCGUCAACUUGAGAUUUAUAGAGUAUUUUAUGAAAAGAAACUUCCUAUAGAGCCCCUGUGGGAUCCAAUAUCAUUGUAAAAGCCCCUGAAAUGAGCAGCAUAGGGCCCCUUUAAAUAAAUAUCAGUGCGGAUGUGUCUACUGUAUAUACUGUACUUUAUUUGAACCUGGAUGUAUAAUAUGACAGAAAUGCAAACCCGUGCACCUAAUUUGAUUUUUUUUAAUUAUUGAAGAUGUAUUUUGUGUAGUCAUACCCCCCUGGAAAAAGAAUGGUUCAAAUAAACCAUUAAGUCCCAAUACAAUAUGACAUUUGUGCCCAUGGUGAGUGGUUGUAAACUUCUGACACAAAGAUUGAUCAGAUUAUUUGAGUCUCUUAUAUUGUGGUGUUUUUACAUGACAACAUUGGCAGGGCCGUAAACAUCUUCAGCUGGACUUGGUGGGGCACUGCUUCUUUGCCCCUCAUGUAAAAAGGGCCGUAGUCUUUACUGACAUUGAUGCAAAAAGUUUUACAACUAAGAUGAACUAAGACUAAGAAAGCAAUGACUGGUACUCAUUAUUUGUGUGUUUUGGGUGGAUAUUAUGUGAUAUGAUGUCCUUUUAUUGUGUGCUUGAAUGGGGCGAUUGAUUUACUAUUUGUUCUACACAAUCUCUGUCACCAAACAAACACGUUCAUUCUGAAUCUUUCAAAUAAAUAUCUGUGUUGUGUUUUUAUUUAAAUUUAUUUCAAUAUUGGGAUAGAAUACACUUUUUAGAAACGAAUCAUCAUUGUUUGUGAUCAAAACUAUUGUCUGCCAUUAUAGUGUACAGCAGCGUCUUCAGUUAAAACGUUGGAGGUUUGUGCUCAUCCACGACUUUUUCCAUUGUAUUUUCAGCAAAACGUGACACAAUUGAUUACCAGCAACUUGAUUAUUCAUCAGUGUUAUUAAGUUUUCAUCUAGUUUACACUCGUAAUGCUUCAAAAAGGUUGUUUUCUUUGGAUAAGGAAGGGCAAAUAAGUGUACAGGACACUAUUAUAAAGUUAUUAAUUCAAUCAGCAUUUUUUAUACUAUGAAAAGUGUUAUAUGUCUAUCAAAGUCAGGACUAUAGUUUUCAGUGAUCAGUACAUUUAAGUUUUGUAACAGAAGGAAUCACUUAUUUGUUCAUCUAGUUAUCGUAUUACUGAACUAUUCUAAACUAACUCUUUACUAGCUACUCCUUAUGUAAACAGAAUGAGAGGGUAUUUUGAAAUGUUUACACAGAAAUCAACAUAUGA